AGGAAUAUAGAGCUGUAAGUAUCCUACGCGCAGACUCCACACUGCUCUAUCCCAAGCCAGCUUAUAUCCUCGCGAUAUGGCGUCUUCAGAAGAUAUCGCGAUCACCACGCUGUCAUUCACUCCGGACAAUCCUUGCAACACCACUAUUACAUCUUCCACAGGCGACGUGCUCUACCGCGUCACGACCGACACCUCUGCGAAAGAGCCUGUGACUCAAGUUUACGACGCGAGCCAUGAAGUCAUCGCCUCUCUCGAAUGGCGGAGCGCCUUCUCGGAUAGGGUGAUCCUGAAGGGUCAUAAGCCUAUGUCGCUAUCGGACUGGGUGAAGAAGAGUCGCAUACCGUUCAAGGAGUACGUGUCCUUCCCAGACUGUCAGAGAUAGCUGGCCGAUUACUGCCGCCUCUCAUAGCGAAACAUCGUUCAAGGACGAUCAAGGACGGAGAUACAAAUGGAAGGGCAUAGGCCCCGGACGUUAUAUCGAGGUGCAUGCGAACGAAUUUGUAGCCCGAGAACGUCAUUGAUAGGUGUCCGUGCCCAGCUCCGCGGCGAGGAUGACAACUUCAAGGUCGUCAUCGCCCGGUAUACUCGGUCCUACCGCAAACUUGAGCCAAACGAGUCGAGCGAUGGAGAUCACAUCGUAAUCCACACACCCGAGGAACUGAAGCUGAAUCCUCGGGCGAAGGACAUCCAGGACCUAGUCGUGGAGACCUUGCUCUUCCAAGAGAAGCGAAGGCGUAUGCACGAAGGCGGGUUGGGUGACACAGGCAUCUGGAAACUUUGAUACGCAGUCCACAGAUCCUUGCGCCUAGUUUGCGUCUAAGAGUCUUGCCGGGGAGCCCUGGUUGGCCAUGCACUUCGGUUGCUCACCACUUUUGUAGUCGCAGAUGUGGCAGAUGUAGCGAGACGUGGGGGGAUGUAAUCUUUUUUCUAGACAUCCCAGACCCAUUAUCCGCACUGCGGCCGCAAACAAUGGGGUUUGAGCUGAUAUCUGCACACAGCAACAGAAUGCUUGUUCUGGA